AUGAGUGAGUAUGUUGGCUAUGGUACGCUUCGUGGCUCAGCUGAAGGGAAUCUUGCCGUUGUGCAGGGAGAAAGGGAAAAGGAGCCUCUACUACAUGCACACAGUGUAUCCCAGACUGAGCAAGGGCAUAUUUUGGUCUUACUGCGCACUUGGCCUCUUUGUCUGUGUUGGCCCGAGGGAGGCAAUAAUGCAGGGCAUACAGUUGUUGUGGAUUCUGUGGAGUAUGACUUUCAUCUUCUGCCAAGUGGGAUCAUCAAUCCAAAAGUCACUGCAUUCAUUGGAAAUGGUGUUGUAAUUCAUUUGCCAGGACUGUUUGAAGAAGCUGAAAAAAACUUAAAGAAAGGAAAAGGGCUUGAAGGCUGGGAAAAAAGACUAAUAAUUUCUGACAGGGCUCAUAUUGUAUUUGAUUUCCAUCAAGCUGCUGAUGGCAUCCAAGAACAACAGAGGCAAGAACAAGCGGGAAAGAAUUUGGGAACUACCAAAAAAGGAAUUGGUCCAGUAUAUUCUUCAAAAGCAGCUCGAAGUGGACUCAGAAUGUGUGAUCUUGUUUCUGAUUUCGAUGACUUUUCUGAGAGGUUCAAAGUGUUAGCCAAUCAGUAUAAAGCGAUAUAUCCUACCUUAGAGAUAGAUAUUGAAGGGGAAUUGAAAAAGCUCAAGGGCUGCAUGGAAAAAAUAAAACCAAUGGUAAAGGAUGGUGUUUAUUUCAUGUAUGAGGCUUUACAUGGACCACCAAAGAAGAUCUUAGUAGAGGGUGCAAAUGCAGCACUGCUGGACAUAGAUUUUGGCACAUAUCCUUUUGUGACUUCAUCAAACUGCACAGUUGGAGGUGUGUGUACUGGUCUGGGCAUGCCACCACAGAAUGUUGGGGAAGUAUUUGGAGUUGUGAAAGCAUAUACAACAAGAGUUGGAAUCGGUGCCUUUCCUACAGAACAAAAUAAUGAAAUUGGAGAAUUGCUGCAAAUGAGAGGUAAAGAGUUUGGUGUUACCACUGGUAGAAAGAGAAGAUGCGGCUGGCUGGACCUUGUGUUACUCCGAUAUGCCUACAUGAUUAACGGAUUUACUGCGUUGGCACUUACCAAAUUGGAUAUCUUGGAUGUAUUUCCAGAAAUUAAAGUUGGUGUUGCAUACAAACUAGAUGGUGAAAUAAUACCUCAUUUUCCUGCCAACCAGGAAGUCUUAAAUAAAGUAGAGGUUCAGUAUGAGACACUCCCAGGAUGGGAUACAGACAUAUCAAAUGCAAGGACGUUUGAUGAGCUGCCUGUAAAUGCACAAAAUUAUGUUCGCUUCAUAGAAAUGGAGUUGGGUGUUCCUGUUAAAUGGAUUGGAGUAGGGAAAUCCAGGGAAUCAAUGAUCCAGCUGUUUUAAAGAUUUCAGAUGCAUGGAAGAAAGCACACUCCUCAAAAGACUGCGCAUUCUUAAAUGCAUUAGUAGCCCGCAAAGCAAAGAUGUUGGAAAGAUAGAUUUUUUUGCAUGGAAAGAAAUGCUAGAGUUGAUACCCCCAAAUCAAUUGCUACUCCUGAAAGAGACUUUAACAUGAACCUGUACCAGUUACUGUUCAAUUGCAAUUUCCAGGACACUUUUCAUUGUUGUUCAAGGUGCCAUCAGAUUUUUUUUUUUCUUUACCUAAUAUUUACUUCAUAAUGUAAUUCCUGUUUGAAAAUCUAAAGUAGCGUUACUUUCAUGACUGUUUGUCUUUGUUAUCCUCUCUCUGCUUUUGGCGGUGUUACUUCCCUGAAAUUUUAGACAGUAAAAAUAAUGCAGUUUUGCACAGAUAGUUUUACAUCCUCAUUAUUUGUAUUCCUAAGGCUGUUGUACUCUUAAUGGCUGCUCUUGUGAGUGAUUAAAGAGGGGUAUUCUGAUUUUAUAAUGCUAUAAA